CUGCGCGCGCGGCCUCCGUCGCCAUCCAACCCUCCGCCGCGUCGUCCUCGCCCGCCUCCGCCCGCAAGCGCGCCUCCCACACCGUCACCACCGCCGCCGCCUCCGCGCCCACCUCCCAAGGCCAGCCGGACGAAGCCCGCGACGUGUACGCGCACCCGGCGGCGGUCGCGUACGCCGCCGCCCACCCCCGCCGGACGAUCCCCAAAUUCGGACCGUACCUCCUCCUCCAGACCCUCGGCGAGGGCGAGUUCGGCAAGGUCAAGCUCGGCCUGCAUUCGCAGUGGGGCGAGGAGGUCGCGGUGAAGCUCAUCCGCAGGGGUAAUAUCGACACCGCCGUGCGGAUGACCAAGGUCGAGCGCGAGAUCGAGGUCCUUCGGACGCUCAAACACCCGAACAUCGUUCGCCUCUACGACGUGAUCGAGACCGACAAGUAUAUCGGUAUCAUCCUCGAAUAUGCCUCCGGCGGCGAGCUCUUCGACCACAUCCUCGCGCACCGCUACCUCAAGGAAAAGGACGCGUGUAAACUCUUCGCGCAGCUUAUCUCCGGCGUGUGGUAUAUCCACCAGAAGAAGAUCGUCCACCGCGACCUCAAGCUCGAGAAUCUCCUCCUCGACCGGCACCGCAACGUGAUCAUCACCGACUUCGGCUUCGCGAACCGGUUCGAGCACCGUGCCGACGACCUCAUGCAGACCAGCUGUGGUUCCCCUUGCUACGCCGCGCCGGAGCUCGUCAUCAGCGAAGGCGCCUACGUUGGCAGCGCGGUCGACAUCUGGUCUUGCGGCGUCAUCCUCUACGCCAUGCUCGCCGGCUACCUCCCGUUCGACGACGACCCCGCCAACCCCGACGGCGACAACAUCAACCUCCUCUACCGCUAUAUCGUCACCACUCCCUUGUCCUUCCCGGAGUACGUUUCCGCCGAAGCCCGCGACCUGCUCGGGAUCAUGCUCGUCCCCGACCCAGGCGCCCGCGCCGACCUCGGCCGCGUCAUGGCGCACCCCUGGCUCGCGCCGUGGCAGCACCUGUUUGACAAGAGCGUGGAGGAGCUCGAGCGCGCCGCGAUGGAGCAGCACCAGAUGAAGCGUCUCGCGUACCAGCGCCAGAUGAAGCAGGCGCAGCAGCAAGCCCAGAUCCAAGCCCAGCAGCAGCAGCCCCAACAGCAGCUCCAGGCGAACGGGCAGAAGGAGAAGGAGAUGGCGCGCAGCCAGAGCGCGCGCCCGGAUCACCCCGCGAACGUCACCGCGCCGCCGGUCAGCGCGCGCAGCAAGAGCACGCAGAAGGAGCAGUACGUGUACGAGACCGCGACGGACCCGGUGCACCCGCACGCCUCGAGUCGGCGCGGCCACUCGAGCGCGGUCGUCAUGCCGUCCAGCCAGCCGCUCUCGGACGACGACCCCUUCGCCCCCGCGCCAGCGCCCGCACCCGCACCACAGCGCCACGCGUCGGCCACGCGAAAGGAGGUUCAGGCGCCUGCGCCCGCGUCCGCGCCGCAGCCAUCGAAAGCGAAGCAGACGGGCAGCUUCCGGCACACCGUCCAGCUCGAGUAUGGCGAGCAGAGCCAGGCGGGCGAGCACGGGCAGGUCGGCCGGAGUCCGCCGCGCCCGCUGCCCGUGCCCCGCGCGUCCGAGGAGAGGCCGGGCAAGCACCGCGUGCCGUCCGCGCAGGCCGUGGCGGAGCAGAUCGCGAACGCGAACGGCGCGCCGGCGGUCAAGGCGCUCCCUGUCGUGCCCGGCCAAGAGCGUCCGCGGCCCGAGCGGGCGACGCAGCCACCGAUUACGACCUCCCAACAGCAACAUCAACGCCAGCAACAGCGCGAGCCGCCCGUGUUGUCGGUCGAGAACGCGUCGCCGCCGCCGACGAUCGUGCCGAGCGUGUCUGUGGACGACCGCGGGGUGAUUCCGAUCCCGAGCGCGGAGAACGGAAAGCCGCUCGUGGCCGAGCGCGAGGCGAGCGGGGGAAGCGUCGGCUCGAGGAGGAGCGGGCACAAGCGCGGGAUCAGCGUCGACCGGCUCGGGCUCGCGAAGAUCUUUGGAGAGAAGGAACGCGCGCCGAGUCGGGAGGACGUUGCGGGUGCGCAGGGAGGGGGAGAGGAGAACGCGGGGUGGUAUGUGGGGAGGAAGCCGUCGAGGGAUGUGGGCGGCGCCGCUCCGGCCGUGGAGAGGUCUCCGUCGAACGCGGGGAGGGGGUGGUACGUCGGCAAACGGCCGUCGACGCUGCAGACGGCGCCGUCGCAGAGCGGGGCAUCGACGGAUGGAGGCGUGUCGCCGAGCGUCAACACAAGCAUGGGGUCGGCGACUACCAAACCGGAGGAGCAGCUGCUCAGUCCUGGCAGCGCGGGCAAAAAGAGUGGACGAAGGAACACGCUUACGGUCAUGGUCGAUGCGGUGCGCAAGGGCAGCAGACGCGAGAGCCGGCGUGCGGGCGCGGAGACGCCGACGGCGGAGAAGACGCCCGUGUUCGACGUUCCUACUGUCGUCGGGGACCCAGAGAAGCAAGAAGCGGCCUCGGUGGCGCCCCCGCCUCCGCCGGCGAAGGACGAGCAUCCGCCCUCGUCGUUCCAGAAGGACCGCUCCAGUGUCGGGGUGGGCAUGCCGGCGAGCACGAACAAGGCCCGCAAGGUGAUGCAGUGGUUCAGGACGCGCAGCCGCGAGCCGGAGGACGUGACGCCGACGGAGAGCCCGCUUCAAGAGCCGAUCGCGAUGCCGUCCACUACGGGUGCGGCGCCGCCCCCUCCCAGCGCGUACGUCCCGCCGCCUGCGGAGACGCCCGCGCGGACGCCCAAGUUAUCUGUCACGACCCCCGGCGGGAGGCAUGGCGAGCGCGCCGCGACGGACUAUGCGCCCGCGCCGACACCGACCGCGACUGGGUUCGGUGGGCGCUUCAGGCGCUCGGUCGGUAUUGGAGGAACGCCGGCGAGGGACAAGAAUCAGCAAAUGAAGAUCCAUCACGGACCGGUCGACCCUGCGACGAUCACCACAACGAACGACCCGCCGGCGGUGAUGGCGCACGUAAGGGAAGUGCUAGAGGGUAUGGGGCUUGCGAUCACGGUCGAGCACGAGUACAAGUUCCGCUGCGUGCGCGAGAAGAAGAAGGGUGCGGACGUGGAGCGUGCACGGGGUGCGAGUAUCGCGGCGUUCACGAUGGUGGGCAGCGCAGCGAGCAACGGGGUCGACCGUCGCGGGUUACCUGUACCGCAGGGCUCCGGUGCUGGCGGUAUGCUCCGCGGCUUGUUGAUGCGCCGCCAAUCGUCGCAGGUGUCGACGCACCCGACGCCCUUCACGGAAAUGGCGCCGAGUGCGGCGGAAUCGACGGUUCCUGCCGAUGGAUCCAACCCGUCGCUCGCUACCGAGCAGGAAGGCGUCAUCGAAACUAUUUACGGCGACAGGACGAUCGACAUGCUCGAUGAGGUUCGGUUCUCGGUCGAACUUACGAGGCUCGACCGCCUGUACGACACCUACAGCUUGGACAUCCGCAGGCUCAAGGGCAACCUGCGAAGCUACAAGUUUUUGUACGAUACUGUCAGAGAUCGCGCCGAACUCCAGCAGCGGUCUACUUCCUGACGUGUACCCGGUGCCCUUACGCAUAGGUCGACCAGUUCUUCCCAUGUUUGCCUUUCUACAGCCGCUCGAAUGCUCGACCACAGCCCAUUUACCCUAAUCGCCCACACCUUCCUUAAUACCGUCUUCCCCCUCUACAUCAUUUGUACAUGUGUUCCCUGCACAUCCACCUCGUUUUCCUCCUCCGAUUCUUGUUAUCCUCUCACAUACUCCCGUGCCCCAUUGUUGGUAGUCCUACUUGUUUUCCUUUGGCUGCGUUCCAUUUACAUCGUAUAUACUCUCUUUUUCCCUUCUCCUUAGCCAGAAUUGUGAAUCGCGUUCCCCGACGAGCUGAAUCCCGCCCCGAUGCAAAAUUACUUGUUUCCUCCCGUUGCCCCUUGUUUCAUGUUCCGUCUCUAGCAUUACUCUGGUCGGUGGUGUACAUUAUUCUAUGUGUUCUCCCAAUGCGAUAGAAUAC